CAAAGAUAGAGCCCGGUUUGGCUCAAGUGGCUCUCACACUCACACAUUGUUCUGGGUCCAGCUGUGCCUUGUUCUUCUGUGGGCUGAGAUGACGACAGAAAUGAGUGUGGGGGUGGGCAGAGGGAGAGAGAGAGAGAUAGAGCAAUUGAUUUAGAGCAGAAUCCUCAUUCUGGGUUAGCAUCUCACUGCGAUGCCAAUGUGUGAAGCCUGAGGUAUAGUGACCUCUUUAUAGACCUUGAGCAGAAAACCAAUAUCCCAAGAUGCAGUGGUGCAAGUGGGCUGGAAGCUGGAGGUCACAUUUGCCAAGACAGUCUGCCGAGUCAGAAGUUGAAGACUCCUUUGACUUUCUUUUUAAAAUCAUCCUGGUCGGGGACUCGGAUGUUGGAAAGACCUGCAUGGUGCAGAGGUUCAAGUCUGGUAUAUUCAUUGAGAAGCAGCAGAACACCAUUGGGGUUGACUUCACCGUUCGAACACUGGACAUUGAUGGAAAAAAGGUGAAGAUGCAGGUGUGGGACACAGCCGGACAGGAGCGUUUCCGCACCAUAACACAGAGCUACUACCGCAGUGCACAUGGAGCCAUGGUGGCCUAUGACAUCAGCCGCCGCAGGACAUUUGAAUCUGUUCCCCACUGGAUCAGGGAGGUGGAGCAGUACGGAGCAGCCAAUGUGGUAGUGAUACUUGUUGGUAACAAGUCGGACCUCCAUGCUCAGAGACAGGUGCUGUUUGAAGACGCGUGCACUCUGGCUGAAAAGAACAGCCUGCUGGCUGCUCUGGAGACGUCGGCUAAGGAGGCCCAGAACAUAGAAGCUGCCUUCAUCCUCAUGGCUCGGGAGCUGCUGGCACGCAACGGCAUGGCCAUCACAGAUCAGAACUCUCAUUGCUCUCCCCAGUUCAUGCUGAGUGACUGCUCUCACCCGAUUCAAGCCUCCAUUUCUGACGAUAAAAAGUGCGGGUGCUGAACAACCUGAGUCAGAUUUAGCAUUUGAUGCAAAUUUGAAGUUGGCCUAGUGGAUUGGUUGUUCAACCAGGAAAGGACCUUCUUUAAAGACAAUGUGUAGAUGUUUGGUUUAGGUUGUGAGACAAAGAUUUUAUACAUUUUCUUGUCAUAGUAUUUAUGAAUCUUAUUGGGAUCUUUAACAGGUUUGUAAUAUUCUUCUGGUUAUUCUGACAAUAUGCCAGAGGACUUUGUACUAACACCUCAACGCAGUAAACACCAUUUUCACACUACAUUUAGCUUCCUUUAUCUUUUUAAUUGCUCCUUUACAAAAUAUUGCUUUUACAGUACAUUCCAAAGUAUCAGCCUGCAAAUUUCCAUCACUUUUAAAUCUUCAUUACAGAACAGGUGCAACUUUCUCCAUGCCAUUUAAUCUAGCAAACAUUCAUGUUCACUUGUCAAACAGCACCUCAUUUUUAAUCCAACAGUGCAAUGCUGUAAACUUUACAAAAACAUAAAAAGAGAGUAAAAUCAAAAUACUGCAUUUUUUAAGGUCUAAACUGAAUAUUGGCAACUUAAUUUCCUGAGCAUUAACCCUGACUUAAAAACAAAUCAGGCUAGAAUAUAUCAACCAACGCAGUAUAAGAAAACAAAAGGGUGAUUUAUUUAGAAAAAUAAAAUUAAUCUUCAUUUCAAUAAGUGCUUUUGACCUUAAAGCCUAAGGUCAAAGCCACAUUUGUGCCAAUGUGGCCUUUGCUCUAAAUUGAUUUAAACAUUCUUCCGAUAUAUUGUGUGCUGUAAAAAACCUGACAGCUUAUGUAAUCGGUUUAAAAGCAGGCAAACGUUUUAAACUCUAAUGCAUAAUACUCUAUUUUUUAACUAAA